AUGCUGCUAAACGCCAACAUUGCGCUCUCAUCUUCCAAAGCCCUGCUAGUCCCAUACUCAUCAUGGCACGUUCCCCAGUACCACGAAUGGAUGAAAGACCCAGAAAUCCAAGAAGCAACCGCAUCUGAACCUCUCACUAUAGAAGAAGAAUACGCCAUGCAAUCUAGUUGGAGACAAGAUGCAGACAAACUGACCUUUAUCGUCUGCCGGCCGCUCUCGACGGCCGGUACAGGAGAAGAAACUAGCCAAUACCAACUUCAAACUGAGAGUGAUGGACCGCCGAAUAUGGUUGGAGAUAUCAAUCUGUUCCUUCGUGUUGAUGAUGGCGAAGAAGGGGACUCCCCACCGAAAAUUGUCGGCGAAGUAGAGCUCAUGAUUGCUGAGAAAAACAAUCAGCGUCGUGGAUUUGGGAGAGCGGCAUUGUUGAUGUUUAUGCGGUAUAUCGUUCAGUAUCAGGGAGCUAUUCUGGAGGAGUUUGUUUCUGGGGGCGGAGUCGAUGUUAAGACUGUCCGGGCAUUGAGAACUGGAGUUGAGGUUGAGACGAACGACACUGAGUCGGCGACGGCUUCGACGCUGGAGUUUGAGUGUCUAAGUGUGAAAAUUGGGAAGGAGAAUGCGCGGAGCUUGGCUUUGUUUGAGGGCUUGGAGUUUGAGAAGGUUGACUCCGAGCCUAACUUCUUUGGAGAAUUUGAGUUGAGACGCAAGGAUUUGAGUCUUGGUGGUGUUGAUGGUGCCCUUAAGAAGGCUGCGGUUAUGGACUUUGUGGCUCUGCCUUAUGAGAGGACUGAAUAG